CGAGCCUGUCACGUGCCCGGUCAAAGACUUCAACUUGCGACUCGAGUUCAAGUCAGAACAGUCUCAAGGACAGACAGGCCGUGAGGUUGAAGAUCUAGGUGAUACGUUUCGUUGGUACUCACCGCCAGUACCCUCCAGUUGAGCCAUCUUGCGGUUGAGCCAGCCUGACGGAGGCAUGCCCCCUGAAGGCUCCCCAGAACGACUGCACAAGCGGGCUAAGAUGGAUCAAGGGAAUCGCGGAGUUGGGGAACAGCUCUCCAGCAGGUCUAGCAAAAAGAAAAGCAAAUACCGCGCGCAAGCGGCCAAGGAUCCCAGCUUUUUACAAGGGAAGUCGAACAAGCGACAAACUGCCCAGAUCAGCGCCUCUGGCAUACACAAUGACGAUGUCGGGAUAUUCGUUUCCAGCGACAAAGGCCAGGAAAGGAAGUGCUUGCAGGAGAUUUCAGAUGUCCUUAACGAGUAUGUUGAUAUGAAUGGAAAGCAACCAGACGAGAACGCCCCGUCGAACCAAGAAACCCCCAACGGUGAUAUAGAAGGAGAUAUCCUUGCCGAACUGGACGACCUCCGCGCCGAAUCAGGAUCAAAGUCCAGCGCUCCGAAGUUUUCCUUGGUCACCCUCGAUAUACCAUGUGUUUCCUUCGUUCGAUUUCCUAGCCGUGCAGAGACAGGCCUCGACCUUGAUCCUGUGGAGAUAGUGCACAAUAUCUGCGUAUCUGCCUCGAAGAAGGACUCAACUGGACCCAGGAGCCGUUACAUCAAGAGACUCACCCCCGUUAGCCUCAUACGGAAGACGAUGCCCAAUGGGCUUGAGUCUCUUUGCGACCGCAUUCUUCCUGCACACUUUCUGAUACAACCUGAAAGCGUGGGAGAGACACAAUCAGGACCAGCGCCAGGCGAAACUACGACGAAUACCCCCGUGAAGUUCGCCAUCCGUCCCACCAUCCGGAACAAUAACAAGGUCGACCGUGACCAUGUCAUACAGACCGUUGCCAACAAAAUUAAUGCCUUAGGUCAAAGUCAGCACACCGUCGAUUUGAAAGGGUAUGACAAGCUCGUACUUGUCGACGUGUACAGGAAUGUGGUUGGUAUGAGCGUCGUAGGAAGCGACUAUGAGAAACUGAAGCGGUUCAACCUUGCUGAGCUCCACUCAAGUCAUUUUGACGAGCAUAAGCCCGAACAUCAUGGCGAACAGACAGAUCCCGCUGCUUGACACCCAGAUCGUUCGCCUUGUUGCAUGGGUUUGUUGGGUCUUGUCGAGAUAUAUCCUCGUUCCAGAUCGUCUCUGCGAGGUCUGCUUUUCACCCCCACCCAGGGAUCCAAAGUGUCUAUCACUCCACGGAGCUGGAACGGCUUGAUCGAUCCAUUACUCCCGGAUCUUCUUGUGCUCUCCAACUAGGUGUGGCAGUACUGGGCAGCAACGCUGCUUCAGUUGACCCUUGCCAGCGGACAUUCACACAUUCGGCGGUAUGGCCGCGAAACUACAUCAGAGGUUUAGGAAGGCGGAAAUCUACCCGAAACUACUAAUGGGAAGGCAAUCCCUCAGCCACAAAUGAAGAAGAGUGCGAAGCUCGCCGCUACGAAAGUCUGGCGUUCCCCUUGACUCGCUCCAGUGCCGCUGUUACUAUCAAGCUGGAGAGCCUGUUGACCAUGACCUGGUGUCAUCUUCCGGCUGUCGACAUCCUUUCUCUAUCUCUCAACGGUUCAAUGCAAUGUUGUCGAAGCACCCACGAGUAUCAUCUGUUCAGACGAGACAGCACACAGUAGGAUUAUGGUGCCCUGGGUGGCCGUCUCACUGCUUGCAUUGAACGUUGCAAAAGAGGAUGUUGUGCGACGGAGACGAUUAUGUUGAAAUAUUUCUUGCACAGCUCAAUCUGCGGUUGUCUACGCUGCCGGAUUGUAGAGUCCGCUUGGCGCUACGUCCCCAACGCCGAAAAAGUUUCUGUUAUAGCGAAGAGCCAAACGGUGUUCGGACUUCGAAGACGUUCAGGCUUGCAACGGGCGAGUCGCAUCUCAAGAUCUACAAAGAGACACCCUUUCUCGGAUUGCUGCACAUUCCAGGGGUCAGUACUUCGGCUUACUUCCCUCCUACGCCCAAGCCCUUGGGAUGCUGUGGAAAACUACAGCUAUGUCUGGCAGCAGCUCAGUUUCAUGCCCACUUGACAGAUCUAGAACUCUAGGAAUCGUGCAGCGGCCACAUCACAUUGUUUACGACCGAGUAUGUAACGAGACGUAGGCAAGAAGUAUGUGCUGAAAUGCACUCUUAUGUACAAAGCAAGACGUCCUUAGAAAGCAGCUGUAUGCCCAAUAUGCCCCAACGCUGCAAUACUAAGGUAGCCAAAAACUUGAUAGCCGCCUGCACAGUUCGGUGGCAGUGUCAGACAAGACGGUUAUCUCCACGUGAUGAUAAAGACCGUAGCUUGGCAG